CUCUCAAUCAAAACCUCACUUGAAAGAUAAUUAAACACACUAAUUCUUAAUCAUAAGCGUUUUCACAAUAAUACAGCUGAUCAUAAACAUUAAAGGUGUGUGAGAAACACAUUUGCAUUACAAAAUCUACAAUGCCGAGCACCCUUACAAAGGCAAUUGGAGCAGUAAAGGAUCAAACUAGCAUAAGUCUCGCCAAGGUUGCUAGCAGCACAAGCCUUGAGAUUGCCAUCCUUAAGGCCACCACCCAUGACAAUGUCCCUGUCGACGAACGUUACGUUUAUGAAAUCGUCCACCUCGUCUCGUCUCAUAAAAUGUACGCGAGAUCAUGUGCUAGAGCCAUUGGCAAGAGGAUUGGGCGCACGAGGAAUUGGAUCGUGGCAUUAAAAUCAUUGUUGCUAGUUCUAAGGAUAUUUCAGGACGGUGAUCCUUAUUUUCCUAGAGAAGUCCUCCAUGCUAUGAGACGAGGAGCGAAAAUUCUCAACCUUCAUAGCUUUCGUGAUGAUUCCAACUCAAGGCCGUGGGACUACACCACAUUUGUGCGCAUGUUUGCUCUUUAUCUAGAUGAGCGGUUGAAUUGUUUUCUCACGGGGAAGCUUCAGAGACGAUACACGAUCAAAGAGAGGGACAGAAAUGGACGUAGGGGACAGCAGAGGCGUAUUGAGGUUGUUAAUGAAAUGAAACCUCCAGUGCUGCUCGACAGGAUCACAAAUUGGCAGAGAUUGCUCGACAGAGCCAUUGGCACGAGGCCAACCGGUGUAGCCAGUACCAACAGAUUGAUCUUGAUAUCUCUUUAUGCAGUUGUGGAAGAGAGUUUUGAUCUUUACCGCGACAUCUCUGAGAAACUUGCUCUUCUUCUUGAUGGUUUCUUUCAUUUGCAGUACCAUUUGUGUGUUGGUGCUUUUGAAGCUUGUGUUAGGGCCUCGAAACAAAACGAAGUGCUUAGACAAUUCUAUUCUUACUGUCUGAGUUUAGGUGUAGGAAGAUCAUUUGAAUACCCUAGCAUUCAACCUAUAUCCCAAGAGCUGAUCGAUACGUUACAAGAGUACUUGAAAGACCAAUCUUCUUUUCCGGCAGUUUCAAAAUCUCCACAAAAAAGUCUAGCUCUCCCACCAGCACCACCAUCAAACUCAUCACGACGUGGAAGCUAUGAAGGCUCCGAUGGACAGUCCGAGUUCUCUGAAUUCUCCCCUGCUAAGUAUUCUAAAAGAGGUUCAAAAUCUAAAUCGCGUUAUACAUUAGAAGAUCUACUAAAUGCUACAGAUACAGGUGUAAGACAUGGGAUAUCCAUAGACUUGGAGGCUUAUAAUACUGAUCAACCUGACAAUCGUAGUGAACAAUAUCACAAUCGAAGGACAAGUGAUGCUCGUUCGACUCAGUCAUUACCCGCCUUAGAGCCAAUGGCGGAUUUAUUAUCCUUCGAUGAUUGGCCUGAGCAAACACAAGAAGCUCCAUCAAAGCAAGAACAAUCACAAUCUCUUUUCGUAACUGGUUGGGAGGUAGUCCUUGCGGAACCUGCACAAGAACCAUCUACUCAAGCGGAACCAAACCAAUCAAACAGCUUUAACACCAUCCCGGGACAAGAACAAAGAGGGCAAGAAACAAGUUCAGGAGAUAACUGGGAGCUUGUGCUAGAAGAAACUAAGGGAAAUCUGUAUAAUCAGUCAGCAGCAUUGCCAAAAUACACCACCACACAACAAAAUCAGACAUCAUCACAGCUACAGCCUCACAAAUCAGGCACCUUCGACCCCUUCUCCGAGCCUGAACGCCCAAACAGGCCAGAAACAAGUUCAGGACAGGGCUGGGAGCUCGUCCUUGCAGACACUGCAACACAAACACCGCAACAACAACAAGAUUUCACCUCAUCAAUAAACAACUUGUAUGAUCAACCAGCACCGUCUUCAACAAGUACUUAUAAUCCAUUUCUGGAAGAACCGGGGGAAUUAGCUAUAGUACCUAGUGUUGCGUAUCCAACUGCAGCCAAUGCUGGUAGUCUUGGAGGUUUCGAGCCAGAAUUCCAGACAAAUAAAGCAUUUUCAGCAGCGCCUACAUUUCAAGCAACUCCAGCGCCUACAUUUCAAGCAGCAACAUCAACAUAUUCUACUCAAGAUUCAAACGAGAAUGAUCCUUUCUCUAAUCAAAUGUUCAGAGGUUCCAUUAGCCAACAGAACUUGUUGAGUGAGCAACAGUUAUGGUUGCAGCAACAAAACGAGAUCAUGGCAAAACAUACGGCUUAGCUAAUUCACAACAUAGUUUAGUAUUGUAAUUAUAUUAUCCUAAUUUUUGUUAGUGUUAAUUUUUGUGGUAUCAGUCUUUGCCAUAAUUUUUGUGGUAUCAG